CAGUUUGGUACGCACCAACUCCGGAGUGUUGCUGAACGACGAGAUGGACGACUUCUCAACUCCAGGAAGGCUCAACAUUUACAAGGUGGCACCCUCUAGCGCAAAUUUCAUCAAACCUGGAAAGCGACCAAUGUCGUCCAUGGCACCGAUUGUGGUCGUAGAUCACGACGGUGACGUUCGGCUGGCUCUAGGUGGAACGGGAGGAUCCAAGAUAACUUCCGGCAUUGGGCUGGUGGGCAUGCGCACACUGUGGCAGAACAAGACCAUCAAAAACGCGAUCGACUGCCCCAGGAUCCACCACCAGCUUAUACCCGACGUGCUUAUGGCGGAAACAAAUUUCUCUAAGAUUUGUGAGAGUAAACUCCGCAACUUUGGCCAUAACGUAACUCGCCCUAAAGGCCGGUUUAACGUCAUUAUGGGCGUUAACAAAAAGGAAGGACGCCUUUAUGCAAAUGCAGACUACCGAAAAGGAGGUGACGUGGACGGCGUCUGAGUGUUUGUAGCCAAAAUAUAAUUUACUUUGCUAACGUAUGUUUGAGUGCCACGAGUUCUACCACCAGAUAAUUUCUGAGUAAGCACAAGAAAUAAUAAAGUUCGUUUACACGAUCA